AUUCCGGUACAAACGGCUUCAGUAUACCGCAAGAACUCGCUUAGUGGAAAAGGUGUGUACGAUCGAAGGACAGAUCAGUGAAAUCAAAUCGUAGAAGAGUCGUAUAGCAGUUGUUUGUCGUAACAAACAGUUUGAGGCAAAUCAAUUUAUUGCUGACAAGAAAAUAAAUUUAAAUAUGUCAGCGUUAUUAAUAACACAAAUUAUGAAUAUACGCAUCGUCAAGAGUUCAGUAGUCGUCCUUAUUUGCGGUUUAACGACUCUCACGUUCAAAGUGAUACAACAUAAAAAAAAGAAAUACGAGGCAAAUUUCAAGGAGGAAAAAGUAAAGCCGCAAGUGCAAACCGUGUGCAAAAUAGAAGAUUCCGCAAAACAAAAACCACUGAAAAAACAAAAUGACCAACUGUUUAUUCCCCAAUUACCAGCUCCGAAUUGGGUCAAGGUCGGUAAGAUCCAAAAGUUGUACGCAUAUCCGUUGAUUUCGGGCAAUGAAUAUAGCGUUGACGAAUGUGAAGUAAAAUUGGAUGGGAUGCACAUGAUUGAGAAUGGCAUAAAAAUGAAGUGGGACAGAUCAUUUGUAGUGUUCGAUGACCUGACCAAAUAUGUAAUUACCUCUAAAAUAUACUCGGCACUGAGUAAGGUAAGCUUAUUUAUUGAGGAAAAUUGCAUAAUACUACAAGCACCAAAUAUGCCCAGCUUAUGCAGCGAGCUAACCAACAAAGAAAUCAUCACGUGUGAUUAUUGGUGUGGCAACGGAAUAAUAACAACUCCCAAACUAAUUUGUAUAGAUUGUGGUAACGAAGCUGCUGAAUGGCUAUCUAAAUUUUUAAAAGGGCAAGAAGGUAAUGUACGUUUAGGAUAUAUUACAAAUUCCUUACAUGUAAUGAAUACAUAUUGGCACCAUUGGGCAAGAGAUUGCAUAUUGUAUCGAAAAGCCACGCAGAAUAACAAGAGUUUGAGCCCAUUUGUAAAUAUAUUAAAUAGUGUGUUAGUAACGGAAAAACCGUACGAGAGAAUAUCUGAAAAAUUGAAAACGGUUGAACAGGGCAUGAAGUAUUGCCCAAACAUCGUCAUCUCGACUGCAAAUCACAAUAUUGAGAAAGUAUGGGAAUGGAUUAAGAUUGGCAAUGUGAUCAUCAAGAAUGUCUUACCGCAAAUGGGAUUAAAAUGUGAUGAAAUGGAUAUGCCUCGGCAUACAAAAUAUUAUGCAAUUGGAAUUAAUUGCGAACUGCAAUUUCCGGGACGAAUUAAAGUAGGUGAUAACGUCUACGUCCAUUUUUCAAAGUAAAAGUAAAAGAAAUGAAGAGCAAUGAAGAAGUUCCUUAGCGAAAGAGUUGCUGGUUAUCGCGAUGCUUUCGGCAUAUUAUUAAUAUAAUAUAUAAUUAUUAAUAUAAUUAUAAUUAUAAUAAUAAUACACAUGACAUUUAUCAUUUAAAAUUCAUGCUGACUGGUUUUAGCUGAAUACAAUCUCAAUUUAAUACAAUCCGAAAACCGUAUGUAAAUCUCGCACUAUCUUUUAAUAUAGCUUUUUAUAUUUUAAUCAGAAAUUCAGAUAUUCUAGUGUGCUAAGAUGUCGAGGUUACAACAGUUUUUUUGUAUUAUAAGCAAUUAAAAUUUGUUAGUAAUAUCGUGUGAAUUCACUCCUCUAAACUCUCAAGAGAUGCGCUCAUGAUCGAUCUAUUUUCGAUUUUCUCACACUCAAAAAAAUAGUCUUGCAUAGCGAAAAUUUUAUCUAUAUGUUACGAAUAUGUUUUGUAUUUAAUCAAUAUAGAUAACCAGAGUCAAAUAACAAAGAAUUUAUACCUGAACUAUUUGUAAAAUUUAGCAAGAAAGUCUUUCUGUGGCGUCCAUUCAGAUUAAAGCCAAUUUUGUAAAAGUGGUUGUAUGUGUGGUAGACAAAAAAAAUUGGCGAUGAGAAACAAACUAAAAUAAAUCUUACACCUUUCUAAAUUUGCUAAAAUAUUACUACUAUAUAAAUUCUGUAUACCACAGACAAUUUUCUAGCAGAUACAAAAGCAGCGAUAAAUUUUAAGUGUGACAGUUAGAUCUUAAACUGUGACAUUUAGGGCCAAGAAAAAAUUUUUUUGAGUGCAGAUUAACAAGAUGAAUUUCAUAUAAACUGACUCUUCUUGCACUUUUAAAAAUGUUAUGUACAAUGCAGUAAACAACUAAAAUUAACAAGUAUUAUUGAUGGCAAAUUUUAAUAGCCGAAUGUUACACGAAAAGUAUGUAAUCC